AUGUUCGGCAUGAUAUUUGACCUCAUCAAUAAACAUGUCGGAUUCGCGGAUCGCUCGGAAGAAACUGGCUGGCGGCCAUCCUACCUGCGAAGACGAAUCCUGGUUCUAUUUGUGAUCGCCUUUUGCGCAAUCAUUGCCGCGCUUGAAGCAUUGUUCCAAUCUUCCGCCGCCCAUGAUGGUAUCGCUGCUUCGACUGAAAGCCGCCACUAUCUUUGGACCUAUGGACCGACCGCCAUACUCACCAUUGUCGCCACGUUCUGGUCGCGGGUCGAGUUUCAAUCAAAACAAAUUGCGCCAUGGCAGUCAAUGCUCCAAGCUCCCCAACCAGCGGACAAAAGUGUGCUUUUGGACUACAUAUCUGACAUGCAGCCCGUCGCCAUGUGGAAAUCAUUUAAGAACAAGCAAUUGGUUGUUUUUUCAGGAGUGACGUGCUCUAUGCUUGUGCAGUUGAUGAUCGUUUUCUCAACCAGUUUGUUCUCGCUGCAGGAGGUACACGUCCUUCAGAAAAAUGUGACUAUCCAACUACACGACAUGUUCACUACUCAAAACUCCACACUCGAGGCUGUCGGGUCUCAACCAUACGAUAUCAUCAACGGUAUCGUCUUCGACAAUUUAACUUAUCCCGGUGGUACAAAUGCCAAUCUGGCAUUUCAAGAGUUCUCUGCCCCAAACGUCUCUUCCAGUGCCAUUGUCACUGCCCCUAUAGAUGGGCUGAAGGCCGACCUGAGCUGCGAAUAUGCUACUGUCGAUACCAAAGCCUUAUACUACAAAGAAUGGUUGAAGACUAAUGGAAGUCAAGUCGAACUGGUUACAGAUUUCCAGAUAGUCACUCCAUCGUGCAACAUUUCCAACUACGACCAGCUUGGGCUAGGUGCGGAGGAGUAUACGCAAAUAGCGCACUUCGAAUGGGCACAAUGUGGAAGCACUAAUACGUCUGACGACAUCCGCAUUUUGGUGUUAUUCAUCGAAGUUGGCGACACGAACACCACUCGUACAAAAGCCUCAGCCUAUCGCGGCCCUGCUAAAUAUGAAACGGUACAGUUGAACCUAGAACGGCACAAGAUCAUGAUUUGCAAGCCGACACUUCUCCACGUCAAACUGCAAGCCCAGCGAAACGCAACUGAUUUUUCAUCUGAUAUUCGCCUUCAAACGCUCGCGAGUGAGGAGACUACUCUCCCUGGCCUGACCGCAGGAGAUAUUGCUGAGUUUAUCAAGGCCAACUCUAGUGAUACCACAGGCUUCAGAGGCAUUGAAAGAUUUAAUCCGUUCCCAGCCGAUGCGCACGUUGAUGAACCUCUGAGACUUGGAUUGCUUCUCGCAGAAGAAGAAGCCACUCUUGAAAACCUCUGGCGGGAAGAUGUGCUUCGAGAUUCAGCUUCCGCGUACUACCGUGCAAUGACUGCCCAGCUUAUGCAUAUGGGUCUUGUUAAAGAACAUGAAUCAAAGACAGUCGGUUCCGCACUCGUAAAUGAGAAUCGAGUGGUGAUGAUGCAACUGCCACUCCGGGGUAUCGAGGCAUGCCUGGCAGUAGUAAUACUGCUGUCAACCUUGAUGAUUCUUUUUGCGGCUCGCCAGACAGUAGCCACCUGGAACCCAGCUAAUAUCUCCGCGAUCGCAGCCGUGACAGCAAACAGUGUGGAUUUUCGACAUUCCCUUCGUGGGCUCGGGGCAGUGUCCGACGACGUACUCCGGGGCCACCUUGUGGGACAACACUAUUAUUCGAAGUCUACGUCGAACGGCACAUCAAUCGGGGUCACAGAACAUGUGCACAAUGAACCUAAAUUGGAUCAAAAUCUCGAUUCGAAGUACCACACCUGGAGGCCAUUCCCUAGUAUUUUGUGCCGAAUUGCCAUCUUAUUCCUAGUUGCAUCGGCAAUCGCAAUAUUGGAAAUCUUGUUACAUCUUUCAGAGGUCAACAAGGGCUUGGGAACUAUCGGAUUGAAUGAUGAAUAUAUGCAUUAUGUGUGGACCAUCAUUCCCGCCGCAAUAAUGACCGGAUUUAGUCUUGCAUUUGGCAGCAUAGACUUCAACACCAGAUGUCUUGCCCCCUACUCGCAUCUCAAGCGACCAACCGGUGCUUUGUUCUCGCAGUCCAUGAAUGUGAGCUUCUUGGACGCCCUUGGAUUCACCAAUGGGUUUCGGGCCUUUCGCUCCAUGCAUCUUGCUAUCCUAACGACGACACUCUCUACCGGGGCAGCAUUUUUCAUAACCAUUGUGGUCAGCGGUCUUUACUCGGUGAUUGAAGUCCCUUCUCAUGCGCAGGCCAAUUUCACGCGCGUGGGUGGUUUCCCUGACCCCAGAACCAUUGCCGGCGUCCAGUUAAAUUUGGAUGAGGCGAGUGAGGUUGCGGGCAUCAUCACUGCGGAAUAUAUUCUCCAAUAUAAUUUUAGCUAUCCUCGCUGGACCUACGAGGAUCUUGCGUUUGCAGAGAUAUCAAUGGACGAUCCAUCGAAUCAGACCAUUGGAAAUGGCUCUUUUGUGGAUAUCCGAGUUCCGGCCCUGAGGUCUGCGCCUGUCUGCAAAUUGUAUACUGCUGUCGACCUGAAGCCGACAAUCAGUCAAUAUUUUGAUGGAAUCACGGAGAUUUACCAGCUCACAAGUGAACUGACGACAUUGGCUUGCCCGGGAAAUAAUACCGACUAUCACUGGAAUGCCACUGUGUUCUCGGUGGAAAACCUUCAGGAUGGGCCGUUUGGAUACUCAAUUGAAUCCUAUUGUCAUGCCGACAACAGCCUUUCUUCACACUACAUUGAAACCUAUGUAUGGGGGCAUGUGAAUCGCACAUCUGUCGGGUACAUCAUGGCGAUGACGUGCAUGCAAUACGCUGAGACCAUCGAUGUUGAGACACGAUUGAAGUUACCGGAACUGGAAAUCGACGAAGAGCAUCCCCCGGUGCCUGAUGAAUCUUCAGCCAUAAUGAGACCAAAUCUCUACACCCCAAUUCCAGAAUGGUGGACUUUGAACACAGACGGUCAAUACCCAACGCUUGAUGGCUUUUUCUAUCUCCUCGUCACCGGGAAAUACGCAAUUGCCUCCGAGAACCUGGAAACGCCAGACCAGAACCAAACGGUUAUUGAUGCAAUCAAGCGCCAACACAAAAUCAUCAACGCGCAACAACUCAGCAACUACACCCGGGGAACUGCAAAUGACAGCAUUCCUCAUGCACUGCUUCUUGGAAACGUCACGAACUCUAGUCGUCUGAGGUUGAUUCAAGAUCCUACUUCAACACGAAUACUGGAAGCACUGCUAGGCGCAAUGCUCAUUUUGGGAAUUAUCAGCUCCGUGCUUUUGGAUACAGAUCAUGUUUUACCGAAGAAUCCAUGCAGCAUCGCGGCAGUUGCCAGUCUCUUGGCAGAUUCAGACCUGCUGGAUCAGUUUGUGCAAGGUGCUUGGGAUCCGAAUCACAAGUCACUUGACCAGACCUUUGCGUACCGGCGUUUCUAUCUUGGUUGGUGGGAGAAUGGGCAUUCUGAUGGACCGGAGAGUGGAAAAGUAUUUACCAUCGCUCAUACGUCAGCAGAGAAGGAAGCAUGA